CUGGAGAGCAACGGCGGGAUGCAAUGAGCUCACACACUGUAUCCAUUUUUGGAAAUCCCUCGGUGUGACAAUGAUAUCGCUACCUAUAAUAUACUAUAUCUCUGGAUAGUCAUUGAUUCAAUCAAUUCAAUCAUCUGAGAAUUCCAGCCAAAAAUGCCUUUGACAUUUUGUCCAAACUGUAGCAAUGCCCUUACCAUCUCCCGGGCAGAUCCCAGCCCUCGCUACCCACUAGGUGUCAACAGAUUCGAAUGCCGCACUUGUCCCUACCAAUAUAUCCUCGACCGAACGUACUACGAGAGGACGGAGAUGAAGCGGAAGGAGGUUUCUGAUGUGUUGGGGGGGAAAGAUGAGUGGAAGAACGCCGAUAGCCAAGGGACGCAAUGCCCCGCGGAAGGCUGUGAUGGCGACCGUGCAUAUUUUUACCAAUUGCAGAUUCGAAGCGCCGACGAACCAAUGACUACAUUCUUCAAGUGCACAACCUGCGGGGCUCGAUGGAGAGAAAACUAGGGCAAAGACAACUCAUCUUCUCUGUCAAUGGAAAUGAGUCACCCCGUGAACUUUCUCGAACUACCCUAACUUUACUCCUGGUUUGGUCGUCGUUGUGGCUCAAGGUAGCCUAAUUUACGGAGAGGCUGAUACAACUAGCUUUCAAACAAGUUUCUCUCCGGUUCUUUCGACCUUUUGAAAAACAAAAUACAUGUACUGCUAUUACAUCGAUACUCCCCGAAUCAAAAAUUCAAGAUAUGCCAAAUUUGGCCAUAAU